AUGGCUUUGGCACGUUUCAAGCUCGUAUUCUUCGUGCCCACCGCCAACACGCGAGCGGUGCUUGAUCACCUAUUUGAGAGGUUUCCAGACCAUGUAGGCACCAUGGGGAACUAUAAGAAAGCUGCGUUUAUCAGUCGCGGAACAGGCCAGUUUCAGCCCACGGAAGGCGCUCAGCCCACCAUUGGGACAGUCGGAGAGCUCGAGUUCGUAGAAGAAGACAGAGUUGAAGUGCUCGUCAUCGACCAGAUCCAUAGCGUAGUCCAAGAACUCGUAAAAGUUCACCCCUACGAGGAAGUCGCCUACGAUGUCUUUAGACUAGAGAACAUUUGA